CUAUCUUGUCAAGCUCUGGCUGCGAGGGGAGAGCAGCCCUGGUGUCUCCCUCUCACAGCCAUCUCUGCCUCCUUCUGCCUCAGAAGCCACAGGAGCCACCAACAGGCACCAGGGCAGGCAGCCCUUAUCCAGAGGAAGGAUUGAGAGAGAGAGUUCAGCACCAUGGAGAGCGGCCCCAGCAGCCCUCAGCCAGCGCCGUCGGAUCCUCUGGAGGCGUUUCCCCAGAGGAGCCUGGAGCCAGGUGACAUCGCAGUGCUGGUUCUGUACUUCCUCUUUGUCCUGGCCGUUGGAGUAUGGUCCACAGUGAAGACCAAAAGAGACACAGUAAAAGGCUACUUCCUAGCUGGAGGGGACGUGGUGUGGUGGCCAGUGGGUGCAUCCUUAUUUGCCAGCAACGUUGGAAGCGGACACUUCGUCGGCCUGGCAGGGUCAGGUGCUGCUACGGGUGUUUCUGUAACUGCUUAUGAGUUUAACGGCAUAUUUUCCGUGUUGAUGCUGGCCUGGAUCUUCCUUCCUAUCUACGUUGCUGGUCAGGUCACCACGAUGCCAGAAUACCUAAGGAAACGCUUUGGCGGCAACAGGAUCCCCAUCAUCCUGGCUGUGCUUUACCUGUUUAUCUACAUCUUCACGAAGAUCUCGGUGGACAUGUAUGCAGGCGCUAUCUUUAUUCAGCAGUCUUUGCACCUGGAUCUGUAUCUGGCCAUAGUUGGGCUGUUGGCUGUCACAGCUCUAUACACUAUUGCAGGUGGCCUGGCUGCUGUAAUCUACACGGAUGCUCUGCAGACCUUGAUCAUGCUUACAGGAGCGCUCACUCUGAUGGGCUACAGUUUUGCUGCAGUCGGUGGGAUGGAAGGCCUGAAGGAGAAGUACUUCUUGGCCCUGGCUAGCAACCGGAGUGGGAACGGCAGCUGCGGGCUGCCCCGAGAAGAUGCCUUCCAUAUUUUCCGAGACCCGGUGACAUCUGAUCUCCCGUGGCCUGGGAUCCUAUUUGGAAUGUCCAUCCCGUCCCUCUGGUACUGGUGCACGGAUCAGGUGAUCGUUCAGAGGUCUCUGGCUGCCAAGAACAUGUCCCAUGCCAAAGGAGGCUCUCUGAUGGCUGCAUACCUGAAAGUGCUGCCCCUUUUCAUAAUGGUGUUCCCCGGAAUGGUCAGCCGUGUCCUCUUUCCAGAUCAAGUGGCUUGUGCAGAUCCAGAAAUCUGCCAGAAGGUGUGUGGCAACCCCUCCGGCUGCUCUGACAUCGCAUAUCCCAAACUUGUGCUGGAACUCCUGCCUACAGGGCUCCGUGGGCUCAUGAUGGCUGUGAUGGUGGCGGCGCUCAUGUCCUCCCUCACCUCCAUCUUUAACAGUGCCAGCACCAUCUUCACUAUGGACCUCUGGAAUCAUAUCCGGCCUCGGGCAUCUGAGAAGGAGCUCAUGAUUGUGGGCAGGGUGUUUGUGCUGCUUCUCGUGUUGGUCUCCAUCCUCUGGAUCCCUGUGGUCCAGGCCAGCCAGGGUGGCCAACUCUUCAUUUACAUCCAGUCCAUCAGCUCCUAUCUGCAGCCGCCUGUGGCUGUGGUCUUCAUCAUGGGAUGUUUCUGGAAGCGGACCAAUGAAAAGGGUGCCUUCUCAGGUCUGAUCCUGGGCCUUCUUGUCGGCUUGAUUCGGCUGGUGCUAGACUUUAUUUACGCGCAGCCUCGGUGUGACCAGCUGGAUGAGCGCCCCGCCGUGGUGAAGGAUGUCCACUACCUCUACUUCUCCAUGGUUCUGUCAGUGAUCACUCUGACCACUGUGGCCACUGUGAGCUGGUUCACAGAGCCACCCUCCAAGGAAAUGGUCAGUCGCCUGACCUGGUUUACUCGUCAUGACCCCAUGGUCCAGAAGGAACAGGUGCCACCAGCAACUCCCCUGCCACUCCCUCAGAAUGGGACACCAGAAGCCAGCAGCACCAGCAUCCCUUUGGAGAUUGUUCAAGAAAACACAUCCAAAACCCACAGUUGUGAUGUGGCCCAAAAGCCAUCCAUGGUGGUGAAAGCCAUCUUGUGGCUCUGUGGAAUGGAGAGCAAGGGCAAGAAGGAGCCUCCAGGCAAAGCAGAGCCUGUCAUAGUUUCCUUGGAAGAAAACCCCCUUGUGAAAACCCUUCUGGACAUCAACCUCAUUGUCUGCGUUAGCUGUGCCCUCUUUCUCUGGGGCUACUUUGCUUAAUGUGUGGUGAACCCAGGGGCCGAAGCUCUCAGUUGGUUAUCAAUGUCCCAAUUUUUUAAUGAAAGAAAAAGAAUAAAGCUGUGUUU